AGAAGAAGAGGGAGAAAGAAGGGAUAAGACGAGAGGGAGAGGCAGAGGGAAGAGGGGAGAGAAAGCGAAGAAUAAACGGUGGAUGGAGGCAGCUCGGACCGGGGCUACGGAGCGCUCUUCACCGACGAAGAAGAAGAAGAACAGCAGCAGCGGGGGGGAGGAGAGAUGGAGGCGAAAGGCAGAAACAUACCCUCAGACAUCAGUUUCCUUCCCCGCCCAGCGCUGGUGUGGUGUGAGCGGGGCAUCCAGGUUCUGCUGACCACCAUGGGGGCGUUUGCGGCCUUUGCCCUGAUGACGGUGGCCAUCGGUACAGACUACUGGCUGUAUGCCCGCGCCUUCAUCUGCAACAGCACGGCCAACUCUUCCCAGGAUGAGUCCAACAAUAAAGACAAGAAGGACCCUGGGGCACUCACCCACUCUGGCCUCUGGAGGAUCUGCUGCCUGGAAGGCUUGAAGCGAGGUGUGUGUUCCCAGAUCAAUCAUUUCCCAGACGAUGCAGACUACGACCAAGAUGCUGCAGAGUAUCUGCUGCGUGUGGUGCGAGCCUCCAGCAUCUUCCCCAUCCUCAGCGCCAUACUGCUCCUGCUGGGUGGAGUGUGUGUCGCUUCCAGCGGCUUCUACAAGAGCAAAAGGAACAUCAUUCUUGGUGGAGGGAUUCUAUUUGUAGCUGCAGGCCUCAGCAACAUCAUUGGAGUGAUUGUGUACAUCUCGGCAGCACUGAGCGACAUCUCCCCCAAGAAAGAUGAGGACAAGAAGUGGCACUACUCUUACGGCUGGUCCUUCUACUUUGGCGGCCUGUCCUUCAUCCUGGCCGAGAUGGUGGGUGUCCUCGCUGUCAACAUCUACAUAGAGAAGAACAAGGAGCUGCGCUGCCGCUCACGCACCGACCUCUUCAAGAGCACCACACACGCCAUGCUGCGGCUGCCCAGCUACCGCUUCAGACGGCGCUCCCGUUCCAGCUCACGCUCAACCGACCCGCCACGCUCACAGGAGACCUCGCCCAUCGGCACCUCCAAGACCUUCAGCCUGCCGCCCUCUGCCCCACCCUUUUCUGUGGCCACUCUGCCCAACCCACACCACACCAGCAGCGGUGGAAGUGGAGGAGGUGGUGACAUCUCCAUGUACACCCUGUCGAGGGACUCCAAGCUGGGGAGCCUGGGAGGAGGCGCCCCACCUCUCUACGGCACUGUGGACCGCGCUACCUUGUACCAGCUUCACAACUACUUCCCUAAAGAUUCCAGCGGCAGUGGAGGAGGAGGAGGAUCAGGAUCAGGAGGAGGAGGAGCCGUGAUAAGCAGUGGCACACUCCCAUCUCACUCCAAGUCCAACUUGGCAGCAGCAGCGGCUGUCGCCCAGAACGCAGCACCGCUGAAUACCUCCACAUCAGCCGCCUCAACAGCUCAGACGGCUCCGAUAUCCACAGCCACCAUGGAGAGGGACAGGGGCAACAUGGGAACCCUGGACCGACUGACAGCCAAAAGGGACAGGGAUAGCAACUCAGAUACACUUAACAGGAAAACUACGCCAGUUUAAAACUAAACCUCGGAUAAGAGGGAGAGAGCGUUGAAAUGAAAGAGAUGUUAGAGAUAUCUGAGUUGACAGAGAGGAAGAGUAGGGCUGAAAAUGUGUGGGUGACACUUCAGCGGUAAUGUUUCUGUCCUUGAGCCUGGGGUAUCUAGCUGCCAUAAUUAAUUACCAAUAUCAUUAACAGUCAUAGAGCACCUGAUAUGAUGUGCAAAUUCAUGACAACUGCCUUAAAAUGGUCAUGACUUUAGCAUCAAUGCCUUGUUUGUAAGUUAAUUAUACAGCAGUGGUGCAGUGGAGGCCUCAGUACAAAGAAAUUGUUUUGUCAUUGUUGUACAAAAUCACACACACAACUGGGGGCUUCCCAGUACAACCAGUCUCCUGGUGCAGUAGUUGGGGGUUAAGUGCCUUGCUGAGGAGGCAGGAGAGCUCAGUAGUUACUCACUCUCCCCCUCUACAUUCUGUCAGCUGCUGUGGGGGUUUAAACUACAACUUCACUUUAACAAGAAAAAUGUUAAAAGAAUACCUCACCCCCAAAUGAUCAUUUGUAUAUCAUUUACUCACCCUGUGUUACAUUGAAUUUGUGAAGAAAACUUCUUUUUCCCCUGCAUUUCUCCACAGCAAACAAAGAAUCCAGAAACGAAGAACAUCCCUGUUGAAUCUAAGUAAUAGGGGUCCAGGUAUAGCAACAGCAAAACUAUAUCAAAACAUCAGUUUACAAACUCAAACACAACUUGUGAAGUAUAAUCCAAAGCCCCUUUCCCACUUGCCAAAACAAAACCACUAACACUAAAAUCUGGCUUAUAUUUGCUUUUCACUCCCAGGACAAAUGACUCUGCAGCAGUCACAGUAUUUAUGAGCUCCAGCUAAUGACAAGCCACCACAAAAUACUGUUCAUGUCCCAGCAGCGCUCAAACAUCAUUUUAAAAUAGCCAGCACCAAGUUCUUUACUGGCCUCUAAACUGCUUUCUACCGUUUACUAACCCUGUUUAUCUUGACGUGAAACAUGCCACACGAGCAUAGGUGCAGAUUUCAGAGGGGACAUGCCCCCCUUAAUAUUUAGGACAUGUGCAUUUGUACCCCUCCAUAAAAAGCAGAUGACUUUUAUUUUGACAAAAUAAAAGACAUUUACAUCAUAAAUUGCAGAAAGGGCAUGAAUUCAAAAAAUGAAACUUCACCAGAACGCAGGAAAUUAAGAAUUUGAUGUUACAAAAUUUUCUGGCAGAGGACUCCUAAACCCUCUGGUACAAGUCUCAUUCAUCCACUCAUAUACUCAGUACUUCCCAAACAGAUAGCCCUUUCCAACAGGCAACUGAACCAAAAGUAAAAUGUAUCUGUGCUCUCCUCAAAGCCAGACUCCAAUUGACAAAACAGUAAGUUCAACUUGCUAAACACUCGAGAUGCUGGUUUAACACUGUCUCGAUCUCAAAAGUGUUAAAAGAGACAUGGAUUAUACUCCACGAGGAGCAUGAGACUUUGUACAUGGAUGUUUUGAUAUUGUUUUGCUGUUGUUAAACCUGGACCCCUAUGACUUCAAUUCAUCAAGAAUUCUCUCAGUUGUUGGAUUCUUUCUUUCACUGUGGAGGCAUGCGAGAAAAAAAAGUUAUAUUCAUGAAUUUGUUGUGACACAGGGUCAGUAAUUCAAAAUAAAAAUGGUCAUUUGAGGGAGAACUAUUCCUUUAAUAUGCUUUGAUUUUGUGAUUUGUAAGUCACAAGACUUAUUUAUUCUCCUAACUGAAUCUGGUUAAAAAGUGAACAUUUUCACACAUCUUCACAUGAAGUUUGAACUUAAGCACUGAGGCAUCUUUUCACCUGCAAACCACCACACCAGUACUUUCUGGUAUUCAAAAACACUUUAAAGCAUCAUAAGUAAUAUGAUUAAUAAAGUGGCCAGAUGGUGUAACUACAAUUCUCUGUUUUAAGAAGAACAGAGAGCCACAGACGGGUACAUUCAGCCAAGUAACAAGCUGCUCAGUGAUGAGUUGACUGCCAAUUCAAGGUCAACAGUAGCUACUUAACCUCUGGUCCCAAGAGAGUGACCUCAGCCAUAUCUAUCCUACUGACACACACACACACCAGAUGAGGCUGACACACUGUGAGCCUAUUUAUUUUUCAUUGUGUGUCAAAGGUAAUAGCAGUGACAGAUGGGCAUUCUCCACACUCCUAGAGAAAGGCACAGCCAUAGACUUCAAGCUUCACUCUGUACGCCUCCGUUACACCACUGCCAGUUGUCACAGUCUGGUCAAAUACUGCAACAAAUGUCCAUCUAAACAAGUAACUUCAUCUGACUUUAAAUUCCUUGAGUCUUUGUUCUAACGUGUGAGAUAUUUGCUGAGUUCUGGCCAAAUGGAAAAAGACUGCUCCUCUUGUUUCAAGAUAAUGUCCCAUAUUUCCUGUUUCAAUUCCAGUUUUGGCCCUGAGUAAAUCUCCCCUCUUGUGCAAAAAAUAGCAACAUUAAGAGGUUUUUGAAACAUUUACAGUGGCUUGUAAUGGACACGAAUAUGAGAGUGGCUACUGUUUAAAUUUUAGAUAAAGGGCCCCAGUCAAUGUUGGGUGGUUGGUGAGUGUCUGUCGCCCUAGUUUUGUCAGUGUGCCCCACACCUUUGGCAGUAGUCAGCCCCUGAUGACUUUUUUUUGAGUGAGUCAGCAUGUUGAGUCGGCAUCAAAGAUGGCAGAGAUAAUCGCUGAGAGAAAUCACUUGAUAGUUCAGCUCAGUGAACGAGAAGAGAAACAGCAAAACAAUAGCUAAAGUCAAGAGGGUGUGAGACCAAAACAAAUGUGUUUUAUGAGCUUAGAUCAAGUUUUUAGCCAUUAAUUUAUUUAGCAGUAACAGUUCAUGCUUGUUUGUGUUAUUGUUCGGUAGCGUACGGUAAAUACUCGUUGUUCUUUCAACACUAAGUUGCUUUGUUAAUGGGCUAACUGGCUAACUAGCAUCUUAAAUCCAUCCUGUCUGUAUCCCGGUUUCCUUUUUCAAAUGACAGAUACACACUACCGCCACCUUUUGGUGUGGAGUUAUUUUCUCUCACACAAGUGCAGAACAAAAAUGCAAGCUGGCCAUUGGCUGUAGUCUUUGCGGUGUGUUCAAGUGCAACUUUUUAACCAAGACACAUGUGAUGCGAUGUGAGGUGACGCAACAGUUGGACUUUAUCACUACUAGUUAAUUGAUGUCGGCUUGGUGUAGCUGGUCCUUAACAGCUCUAAUUAGAGCACAGCUUCAACAGAAAUGCCUUGCAAACAGUUAAAAAAUAAUAUUGCAAGCUUGAAAACUACAUUUGCUGCGAAGUCAGUCACUCGUAAAUUGCACUAACCCUCAUUUGCAAGCAAGUAAAAAUGCCAAUAGUUAAGCUUUCCUUUGGGAAAAUGAUUUCACUGGUAUUGAUAGACCGCACUUUACAAUUGCUGCUGAUGAAUUAUGGUCAUUUUGUGUCAUCAGACAGUAAAAAUGUAGUUAAAUGCACCUUUAAAGUCGAUGGAAGCACUUGAAAAGAUGGACUUUUUUUGUACCCUUAUGUGAUGUUUAAUUGCCAAAAUUGAUUCCAGGGAUUUUAUGACUGUUGAUGAAGAUGUUCUGAUACCGGAGGCUACAAGGCAGCAUACGUUGAGUGUUCCUGCAAAGGGCUGCAACCACAGGCAACAGGGUGGGGGUCAAUUCAGUUUACACUCAGGGGGUGAAGUUUUAAAUAGAACUUAGAUCAAAAGUUAAACAUUUUAAUCGUGUUACUCCAAUAUGAGAUAUCAACAAUUUUAACAAAUAAAGUUCCAGACUUAGUCUUAAAAUGUACUACAAAAGUAAAGCACAUCAUAAGUUGUGAAUUAUAUCAUUAGAAUUUCUAACAAUCAUAUCUCCAGUGCUGUAACAUUUUUGAGGCCAAGAUUUCAAGGACAUAAAAGAAAUUGUGUAAUGGAUGUACUUUGUAACAUUUUGGACUGAAACCACUCACAUGUCCAAAAUCUGACUAUUGCUGAACUUUAAAUGCACUCCUGGAUCAGCUUCGAUUGCAAAAUGAAUUCAACCCAACCCUGGUUGACGACAAGUCGGAGGAGGAGGGAAAGAGAAAAGAGCACAGCAGCUAGCUUCGGUUCCCCUUCCCUCCGUCUCUCUUUUAGCUAUAACUAUAUACUAUUUCACAAACUAGAAUAAUAAAUGUAUUAUUGAGUAUAUUAUCGAUCCAUUGACGUCAACAAAAGCACAUAAUGUCUGUAAAUGGUAAUCUUUGGGUUGUCUUUUCAUUCUGAGUGACUGAUUAUCAUCUCUAGGUUACAUGAGAUUGUAACUCCUUGAGUAUUAAUAUCAUGUUGCUGGUGUUUCUAUGAUCGUAAUGGUUAUUGCAGGGUAUUUAUACACUUUGAAAUCUUUUUCUUUUUGUAUUUUUUUUAUAUUCAUUUCAAGGACUUUUAAAUUUUCUUUCUCUUGCUUAUGUACACUUACGUCAGUGGUGUCACGUGGAAAGCAUGUGCACAAACAUAAGAGGGUGUGUAAUGUGUAAGUUCAUCUCUAGAUCGUUUUCAUGAUUUCAUUACAUUUGUUUGUACAGGGAGAGUUGACUGAGCGUGCAUGCUCUUUUUCAGCAACACCCUGCCUCACCUUUACUCACACAUUUACACUGGCACCUACCCAGUAAAACCAGUUUGCGACUGGUUACUGAGCAGCUCUCCUGGAAUAAAUGGGGGCUACGUGCCUUGCUCAUGGGCA